AUGGCUCGCUACGUUUCAGCAAUAUCAGUGCUCCUGGGCGCAACCGCCCUCGGGUCUGGGUCAGCAGCCAAGUGCGGCGGCAAUAGUUCGACUACUUAUGCCAUUCCCUUGGCUGCAGCUACCGGCGCUGUUGAUGUCGAGUUUACAUCGACCAACGCAGUGCCUGAUGCCCCCAAGCUGUCAGCCAUCAACAGCAGCUCUUUUGAUUGGUGGUACUUUGACACCGUUUCUCGGGGUGGUGAUCAGGGGCUUGCCAUCUUAUUCAACGCAGGAUUGAGCUCAGGUCUGCUCGGAGGAAACAACGAAACCGUCCCAUACUUUUCGAUUUCUGGGCUGCUUGAGAAUGGCGAAUACUUGAAUUACGUUGCAUGGGCCGAGGAUGAUGGCGCCAUCAUCACCACAGGAUCCGAUGGUUCCUCCAAAGCCGUCUGGACAGGCACGGGAGGCAGUUGGGUUGCUACAGCCAACAUGGGAACAUACACUAUAAGUGUCAACGCGCCGCAAGUCAACGGGACCAUCUCUUUCAAGUCGGUUGCACCAGCACACAAUCCUUGCGGACCUAUCCAAACUGGUAGUGAUCUCCUUGUGGCGCCCAGUAUUGGGUGGACGAACCCUCUGCCUGAUGCUGACAUAAGCGUUGAUCUCGUGACCACUACGGGUCCUGUCAAGUAUAGCGGUGUUGGAUAUCAUGACAAGAACUGGGGCAGUCAGCUUUUCCCGAGUACAUUCAACUCAUGGUACUGGGGACAUGCGCGCGCGGGUGCGUACAGCGUGGUUUGGUUUGAGGUGUUGGCCCCAUCCAAUGAUACACACUACAGCGGUUAUUUGGCCAAGGAUGGUCAGAUACUUCACAGCGCUUGCGGUGCCGAGUCCAUUACCGUCCGACCUCUUGACACGGCCUAUCCCCGGGGCGACGACGAAAGCUGGCCAAGUGGCUACACCAUCGAGAUGGAGAUUGGAGAGCAGAAGGAGCUUUUCACAAUGACAGUAACCAAUGUUGGCAUUUUGAAUGAUGCGGCUUUGGCUCACCGAUAUGUUGGCACUGCCAAUGUCUUUUUCCACGGCGAGGAAUUUAGCGGCAUUGGGCAAUGGGAGGAGUUGUGGCUUCCUUAUGUAUAA